AUGUCGUUUUGUGCUUUGAAUGCUGAUGCUUGCUCCCAGCCGCUAAAGGCUGCAGUUCCUGACUGUCGUGGCUUUUCCACGGGCGCUGAUUAUAUUCAUGAUGUGUGUUUUCCUCAGCCGGUGGAGGCUGGUGUUCUAGACUGUCGUGGUUUUUCCACGGCCUUUCCUCGUGACUCUCAGCAGGCGAAUGAUUUUUAUUUGUACGCACAUGAGUUAGUUUUUCGUUCUGGUCGCCCGAACUUUGUGGUUUCUCGCCUGCCCGUUCCAAGUUCCCUAAAGAUCAAUACUUGGAGGACUUUGUUGUAUGAUUAUGACGACCAAAUGAUUUGUGAUUUCCUGGAGUUUGGUUGGCCGGUGGGUUUCACUGGCGAUACUGUUCCUAUUUUUGAUGCUCGCACUCACCGGGGUGCGCUCAAUUUUGCGACUCAAGUUUCAGAGCAUUUACAACGUGAAGUCUCGCUUGGUCGUGUCGCUGGGCCGUUUACGGAUCCUCCCUUCGGGGGUGGAUUUGUUACUUCACCGUUGAACACGGUUCCCAAGCGAGAUUCUGAAGAACGUAGGGUAAUUGUGGACUUGAGCUGGCCUAAGGGCGGUUCAGUAAAUGAUGGUAUUCCGUGUGAUAGUUUUCUGGGAGAUCCGUUCGCGACUUGUUAUCCCACUAUAGAUGACAUUGUGGAAGCGAUCGUGCAGUUUGGCCCGGGUUGUUUUCUCUAUAAGAGGGAUCUGCGGCAGGCGUAUAGGCAGUUUCCUGUGGAUCCCGGCGAUUACCGUUUACUUGGGUAUAUUUGGAAUGGACAUUAUUACUUUGACACUGUUUUAACUAUGGGGUUACGCUCUGCUGCUCAGGCAUGUCAGCGCGCCACCUCAGCGGUAGCUUGGAUUCAUCGACAGCAAGGAAAAGUUUUAUUUAAUUAUUUGGAUGAUUUCAUUGGGGUUUCUGAGGCUAGCUCUGCGACUUCCGAUUUUGAGCAGUUGGGGACUCUUCUCUCCUCUCUGGGACUGAUCGAAUCUGUUUCCAAAGCUUGUCCGCCUUCAUCGCUCAUGCUGUGUUUGGGAGUGAUGGUAGACACGAAUUCAUUUACGUUGUCAGUUAGUCCUGAGCGGCUAGCGGAGUUAGAGCUUCUCUUACAUGAUUGGAGGAACCGCAAAACUGCUCGCAAACGGGAGUUACAAUCCCUAGUUGGCAAACUUGUGUUUGUUUCAAAGUGUGUUCGUCAGAGUCGGGUGUUUAUCUCGCGCUUAUUAAGUCUGCUACGAACAGUUCAAUACAAUCAUCUUCACGUUAAUUUAACCGCGGAAUUUCGCAAGGAUAUUAUUUGGUGGUGUCAUUUCCUGCGGGAAUACAACAAUGGGUAAAACAUAUUUGUGCGGCUUGUUGGGUACAAUCGAGAAAACAGGAAUCGCAUAGAGAGGAUUCAUCUGAUUGUCCGCUUUCAGGGGAAUCAAAAAACUGAUAAACUUCGCCCUUGGUCAAGACAUUGGGGGCGUUCCUUCCGUUACUGUUGCUUCAUUUCCGGAUAUGUCGUUUUGUGCUUUGAAUGCUGAUGCUUGCUCCCAGCCGAUAAAGGCUGCAGUUCCUGACUGUCGUGGCUUUUCCACGGGCGCUGAUUAUAUUCAUGAUGUGUGUUUUUCCUCAGCCGGUGGAGGCUGGUGUUCUAGACUGUCGUGGUUUUUCCACGGCCUUUCCUCGUGACUCUCAGCAGGCGAAUGAUUUUUAUUUGUACGCACAUGAGUUAGUUUUUCGUUCUGGUCGCCCGAACUUUGUGGUUUCUCGCCUGCCCGUUCCAAGUUCCCUAAAGAUAUAGCACAGGGACAUAUAGUAAUUUAAAGACUCAGUUUAAGGCCUUUUUUCUAUUUUGCUUAUAUUUUGACUUGACUCCAUUACCAGCAGACAUAGAUACGGUCUGUCUUUAUGUACAGUUUUUCAGUCGUUCGAUUGCACCACCUUCGAUUCGUAAUUAUUUAAGUGGGGUCAAGUUAUUACAUCUUUUCGCCGGUUAUGACUAUGCAUUUACUAAGGAUUUUAGUUUAUCCCUAGCCCUGCGGGGAGUUUCCCGUAGGAUACCACAUGUACCUCAGAGGGCUCCACCGGUAACUCCUAGCCUUUUAUUGCUAGUUGCGCGAACAGUAGAUUUUCAACAUGAUGCUAACUCUUCUA